CUGCACACAAUCAAUAACUGUCACCUUAUCUUUCCUACCAAUUAGAUUCCACUUAAAAAUCAUUCUGUUGAUGUACCCUAGAGAUAUUGCACCCUCAAAAGACAAUGGGUUGCUGCAAAACUAACCAAUCUGAAAAUGACUUCUGUGCUGUCAGGUUUGGUUCUGCUUGCCCUUGUUGGGCUAAUCCAAGCUCAGGAAAAGCGCCCAGACCCUUUGGAAAUUGAAGGGCUGGGCAUGGUCUUAGGGAUUUUCAGCAAAUCAAGAGAUAAACGACAAUAUGAGAGCUACAGAGGAAUUCGAUACGCAAAGUCUCCUGCCAAAAAUGUCUCUAACCGACGCUUUUUGCCGCCAAUUCCCGAAGAGCCCUGGGGAAAUGAAACUGUUAACGCUAUUUUUUUUGGCCAACACUGCACUCAAACCUCUCCACUGAAGGGUGCUGAUUUCUACACAUUGCAUCGGCUUGGACAACCAGACAUUGAUGAGUCAAAAGCUGAUGGUGAUCUGGAGGAUUGCCUCUUCCUUAAUGUUUAUACUCCGGAUAGAGCACCAGCAAAGCCUCUUCCAGUAAUGGUAUGGUUUUAUGGAGGUGCUUUUGUUGAUGGUUCGGGUUUGAUUUACGGUCCCGAUUUUUUCAUGGACCAUGACGUUGUUAUUGUCACCCUCAAUUAUCGCCUUGGCCCUCUUGGUUUUAUGUCAUUGGAAAUCGAUGAGAUUCCUGGCAAUGCAGGGUUGUUUGAUCAAAUUGAAGCUUUGAGGUGGGUUAAGAGCCAUAUCCAUAAUUUUGGAGGUGAUCCCAACGAAGUCACAAUUUUCGGAGAGUCGGCUGGCGCAUCAAGUGUCUCUUUCCUCUCCAUCAGUCCACUUGCCAAAGGUCUCUUCAACAAAAUUAUUGCUCAAAGUGGAGCUGCCAUGGAUGAAUGGACUGUCGACAGGGAACCUGUAUACAAUGCUCUAGGAAUUGCAAAGAUAGCUGGCUGCACACAGGAAGAGGGUGAUCCAGCCUUAGUUGAAUGCCUUCAAGAAGUUGAUCCUAUGGUUUUGACAAAAGCUUAUAAAAAUGUUUGGAAGGUCGAAGAAAUUAAAAAAGGUAAAACUGGAUUUGGUGGUUGCACACCAGUUGUGCAAACAGCCGGUGAGCAGAAAUUCAUUGACAAGGAUGUGAUGGAGUAUUGGAAUGAUGAAAAUUUUGAGAGUGUCCCUGCUAUUUAUGGAACAAAUCAACACGAGGGUACAUACGUAAUGGCAAUUGCCUAUGCUAUGUUCUUGGAGCCAAACAACCUGCACAAUGACUACAACUUCCUGAAAUAUCAGUGCAUUGAUAUUUUCUUACAAUUGUUUGGCAUUAAAGACGCGGGAUACUUUGUAGCUGAUUCUGUGGAGUAUGAGUAUGUUGGAAUAGAUAGAAUGGGAAAUUUAACUGCCAUGAUUCCAGGAAUGGUUGAUUUCAGCGGCGUUGCCUUUUUGAAAGGCGCGUCAUACGAGAACAUGAAGCUGCACUCGAAAUUCGGCAAGAGCUACUGGUACACUUUUAACUUUGAGGGAUUUGCCACACUUUGGCCUGCAAUCGCAGCUUCUGUCUGCGUACCAUUCCCAGGAGGCGUUUGUCAUGCAAAUGAGUUGUUGAUGGUUUGGAACAUACCUGUUCUGGGUGCGACUCUUACAGCAGAAGAGGAACAGCUUUCCAGGAGAAUGACUAAGAUGUGGUACAAUUUUGCUAAAUAUGGUGAACCAAAUCCUGCUGAAAACCCUGUUGACGAUGUACCUCAAAUUCUUCCAUGGGACGAAGCAAGCAACACAUAUAUUAGAUUUGGUAAUAAUGGAAUUGAAUCCCCUGUUGAUUUUACCAAGGAGUACACCAUUGCACGAGAUGAGGAUUUCAGCAUUGGUUUUGAUUUGGAGAGCAGUCCUUGGGGAAAUUUAUGUUGAUUAAGAGCAAUUGAUUGAGCAUAAUUAUGCUGCUUUUGUAUUAUGUACAAUAUUAAAUGCAGAAAAAUUUACAGACUUCAAUCUAUUGAAUAAAAAAAUCUGGAAAAAAAACAUCACUUUUGUUAUGCAUAUUGUAUUUUACAUUGUGCGUUUUUAUAAUCUAUUUUUUAUGUGGUGCGGU